AUUUUACCAUUAGCAGGAAAAGAUGGCGGCCUCCAUGAAUAUCACGCUGAACAGUCUUUUCCGUAACUUGUGUGACAAAACCUUGUCUUAUGAGGAUCUGAUUCUCCAAUUAAGAAGAGUAAAUGACACACAGAUUCGCAAUAAGUCAAACUUUCAGGAUACAAUUGGACAGAUGCACACAUUUCUCCAUACUGCCAGUGAUAGGGUGCGAGGUUUGCUGCUUUUAUCCUGUCUUAUCAGUCGUUGUGACACACAAGAUUUAAACCAGCACAUGGCUACCUGGCUGAAAGUUAUCACUCAGAUACUGCAGUCCCGGGAGCCUGCUGUUGUUCUGAAGCUGACCUGCCAUGUCUGUUGUCAGCUCAUUAAAGUGUCCACUAGUCUCCUAACAACGAGGAAAUCCAUGCAGAACUUUGUUCCUCAGCUGAUUCCUCUGGUUUUGGUAGCCUCUUCCGAGUGGAAGAGACAGUCCAUUGCCGUUCUGAACGCCUGCAUCACCCACUAUAGUACCGUCUGUGGACCAUUCAAGAGUAGAAUUGAGAAAUGUAUCCAUCAGGAACUGCAAUCUGGCUCCGUAACCAAGGAGGUUGUUUCCUGUUUUUGUUUGCUUUCCUGUUGCGGCACUAGUGGUAAUCAGAAGGUCAAGUAUACAGAGGGCUGGAGCUCACAAGUCUCAUAUUUGCUGAAUGACCUUCACAGUCUCACUGACCAGAUCUACAAUGACCUUCACAGUCUCACUGACCAGAUCUACAGAGACUUAUCUAACACAGGUUUAUCAAUGGCUGACACGGAGAUCACGGAAUCCUGCCGGGAGUCUGACCUAGUGACACUCUUCACUAAUCUCAUGCAGUGCCUAAACAAGAUGCUCAGAAAGUCUUUUCCUGCUAUGGUCAGAAUUCCGGUCGAGAAGAUCCUGGAGUUUGUUGAUAAAGUUCUCUUUGUGGAUGUUGCUAAAUUGAAGUCCCGGAGUUUUGAGGACAGCUUAUUAUCGGACUAUCUUAUACUGUUUCACAGAGAUGCAGUCAACAUUAUCGAGGUUUUGUUUGAGAGUUCCAGAAAACUGAUGUUGCCACACAGCCAGAAAGUGAUGACUGUAUUAGUCAGAGAGCUGACAUUGAGCCACUCAGAUUCUCCAUUCACUUGCACUAAACCUAACAGAAUGCUGAGAGAGGCAGUGUACAGAGCCAUAGAAGCCAUGAUGAAAUCCACUAGAUGUUUUCUGGAAACUCUGAGGGAAGAAGACAGCUUAGUUCAGGAAGUACUGACUGAUUGUAAACCACUAGAAAACACUCUGAAGAAUUCACUCCAUGCACUGAAUGUGACAGAACCAUCACCUGCCAAGAAAAAGAGAAUAGUUAAUGACACUAGUGACUUGGCUAAAUGUGCAGAGCUGCUCAACAGAGAAUCCAGUACCAUUACUGAAUGUGCUCUACAAGCACUCUACUGGUGGAUAAUGGUAUCUGGUGUCAAAAUGAAGAGCAAAACAUUUCAGAAAGUCUGUGACUUCAUCAUCACAACAACCAUGCAGGUUUACAGAAGCCGAUGUGAUGUGCCGUUUCCGUACAGCGACUGGCGCUGUAGACUCCAGCUUCUCCGAGUUCUACAGGCGUGUGUGAUGACCCCUCACAAGGAGGCCUUAGUCCCUGUACAGUGUGCCGUUACCAUAUUCAAAUUGGCAGAGCUAGAUGACAAUUUACAAGUUUCCUCAUUUUGUAUUGAAGCACAAAGAAUGUGUGAAAUACUGGUUCAUCCUCGCGCUCCUUGCAUGUCUGCCCCGAGGUAUGUCGUGCAGGAGAAGACAACUCUGUCAGUGCAUGGUAGAGAACAGGCAAUAGCUCCAACUGACAAUAUCUGUACCAACCAGUUGCUAGACAACCAAACUCACAUAUCAACACCACACCCUAAUGACCAGCUGCUGGACAACCAAACCCAUAUACCCUCACCUAACAACCAUCACGAGGAUUUGAAUGAUGGCAUCGUGCAUACAGAUGACAGUGAUUCCAUGGAGACAGAACAGGAAGUAGAGGGUAAAGGACGGGAAAGCGAACAACACAGAGGUUCACCUUUUGUAGAGGUCAUCGACAGUGACCCAAACAGUUCACCUUGUGUAGAGGUCAUCGACAGUGACCCAAACAGUUCACCUUGUGUAGAGAUCAUUGAAUCUUUCCAGGAGUCACCUAGUCAGUGUAGGGGGGUAUCUAAGAAGCAGGGAAUUAUCAGGGCAGAAUCUGUAUCCUCUAAGACUGACACUGGAAGUGUUCAAGAGAUUGAUGAAGACUUGCGACAUUCACAGCCAUCAGCAGAAUGUAUAAACAGCCCGCCCAAUGAUGAUGGGAGACAUGAUGGGUGUCAGCCAGGGGAAGAACACAGCUCCGUUCUCGGUGUCAGCAGUAGUACAGAAGGAAAUCGUAUCUCAGCUACCAAAGCCACAGACAACAGCAGUAGUACAGAAGGAAAUCGUAUCUCAGCUACCAAAGCCACAGACAACAUCAGCUCUCAGAGUGAUGAGCUGGAGGACAUGUUGAUGACAUUCACGGAUGUGGACCCCGAGUAACUCACCUGGAGCCAUUUCAAUGUCUGUUAUUAUAUUGUCCCCCCCCCCCCCCCCCCCCCCUUCCCUUCAUAGAAGGAUGGGCAUAUUGCUUUGCACAUGUUAUUAAGGCAGGAUUUAUUGUGUGACGAUACCUGGAGAACACUUUAUUCCUCAGACUUGAUGUGUGGCGAGCUGAUACACAUUAAUGUGCACAUGAUGCCUACUGCUUGGUAGGUCAGUAUGUCCAAGGUCAAGGUCACUACCAGGCCAAACAGGUUUUAUUUGUUGCAAUGGAUAACUGGAGAAGACUACCUCACAGACUCAAUACUUUCACCAAGCAGAUAUAAUUCUUCUGUGUAUAGUGCUGUAUACUGUGAUUUAGGGGGAAGGGGGUAAAUAGGACUUACAAACAUCUCUUGUUUAGGUAGAGAUAUGUAACAAGGACUUACAAACAUCUCUUGUUUAGGUAGAGAUAUGUAACAAAGUAAGAAAAUAAUAAAAAGCUACAUCAGUCAU